GAUUUGCGCGGUGACGCAGGUGAGUCUUUGCUUUUCGUUUUAUUCUUAGAGGAAGCAGAAACCGCUAUGCGUGGACAGCGCGGAGGACUGCGAGCGCUCUAACCGAGCCUGCGGCUUUGAGUAGCUUGUUAAGUUCGUUCCCAAGAUGAAAUUCAGAUAACUAGGGUUUACAGUGGGCCGUGGCUGCGGCUGGAAGAGUGUGUUCACGGAGAAAUGCAGGAAAAGCAGCCGAAGCCGCCGCUGCUGCUGUUGUCCUCGCAGCUCAGCCUCCAAAACCGGGGCUAUGAGGUGACCCUCAACAGCGCUUUUCUCUCCUGGAAGGAGGUAGAGACGAGACAAAAACGGACUGCUGCCAACAUUUAUGGUCCUCUGAAGGCUGCAGGCAGCCACUACGUGCCAGUGUGUGAGAUCAUAUCCGUCCAGGAGACGGAGGAAGACUGCCCGAGCACAGGCAUAGGAAAGUGGCAGAAAGUUCCACAAAGUCUAGCUGAAUCUAACCAGUAUGCUUUCACAGUGUCCUAUGUGGAGAGGACUCAGAAACACCGCUGGCGGUGCAGUGAAGUCACCCUCCAUUGCACUGAUAGAACACUGUGUCUGCAAUGGGUCCAAGCCAUCAGGGAGCAGCUCUCACUAUUGACUAUCCGCCCGAAGCGCUUGCUGGUCUACAUAAAUCCCUAUGGAGGGAAGCACCGUGGGAAAAGGAUUUAUGAGCAGAAAGUAGCCCCAAUUUUUUCCCGUGCCUCUAUUUCCACUGACGUGAUUGUUACAGAGCGGGCGAAUCAUGCCAGGGACCACUUGAAAAUGGAGGCUGAUCUAAAGAAAUACGACGGGGUGGUUUGUGUUGGAGGAGAUGGCAUGUUUAGUGAAAUCAUACAUGGCCUAAUCUCCCGUACGCAGUGUGACUCCGGUGUAGACCAGAACCGUGCAGACGAGACUCUGAUACCUUGCAGCCUUCGUAUCGGCAUCAUUCCUGCAGGUUCGACUGACUGCAUAUGCUACGCAACGGUCGGCUCUAAUGACCCCGUGACCUCAGCUCUGCACAUCGUCGUGGGAGAUUCCCAGCCAAUGGACGUCUGCUCCAUCCACCAUAACAACACCUUUCUCCGCUACUCUGUCUCACUGCUUGGUUACGGUUUCUAUGGCGACGUACUGACUGACAGCGAGAGGAAGCGUUGGAUGGGCCCAGCUCGCUACGACAUCUCAGGUGUUAAAACGUUUCUGUCACAUCGCUAUUAUGAAGGGACGAUCUCUUUCCUCCCUGCUGAUGAGAACGUAGGAACUCCGCGUGACAAGCUGCAGUGCCGAUCUGGGUGUAAUAUCUGCAGGCUACCUUCAGCAGACAAGCAGGUUUCCAAAGAUGAGGAGAGCAUCUCAGAUACCGAGAAAAAAGGAGUGUGGCAGGUCAUCAGGGGAAAGUUUUUGGCCAUCAAUGCUGCAUGUAUGAGCUGUGCUUGUCCUCGCAGUCCCAAAGGCCUGUCUCCUGCUGCACACCUGGCCGAUGGCACAGCUGACCUCAUCCUGGUGCGCAAGUGCUCACGAUUUGACUUCCUGCGCCACCUGCUGCGUCACACCAACAAAGACGACCAGUUUGACCACCCGUUUGUGGAGGUGUACCGUGUGCGACAGUUCCGCUUCACGCCUCGGUACGAGGAUACUGACUCUGAGCUGGAGCUGCGGGAGGCUGAGGGCUCUGGUCGUAAACGCUUCUUCAGCCAGAUAUGCAGAGAGCAUCCGGCAUGCACUUGCAGCCUGGCGCACAGCAGCUGGAACUGUGAUGGAGAAAUCCUGCCUCAUGCUGCCAUUCAAGUCAGAGUGCACUGCCAGUUGAUCAAGCUGUUUGCGAGAGGGAUUGAAGAGCAGUCCGUCUUUGAGGAACCUUACACUCUCAGUGCAAUAUAGUGCUGCCUGUCACUGGAAAGAAAAAAAUUAACUUGCUGGACCAUGAAGAAUCCCCGACCGUUAGGUUCACAUUUGGGUUAACAAGAUGCUAUUACAAGUUCCAUUGCACAUCCAUUUAUAGUUUUUGCUGGAAGUGAUGUCAUUAGUUUGCUAGUAUGCACCAUGGUUGAAUAGAUAGCAUCUAGCUGACUAUUUAUUGAUCACUGAUAAUCACAAUGGCAAAGGCUCAGAUGGGUUAAACCUGUAUCCCCACAGUAUUGAUAUUUUUUUAACACAUUCCUUCUUUUACAGUGACUAAAUUAUUGCUAAUUAUUUCUCUUACCCCACCCAACAUGUUCUAAGUUUAACUGUGGAGCAUGAUUUCUGUCUGUCUUCCUCUAUUGUCAAGCUGGCCUUGAUGUUUCGGACAGUAGUAUCCCAAAGUUUGAACAUAAUGUGCAAAUAUUUUCUUUACUGAAAAUGAAGUACUCAACAUUAUCCUGUCGUAGUUGCUGUUAUUAAACAUAAUAUAUUUAGUUACUUCAA